UAAGAUCUGAACACAGAGAGAGAGAGAGAGAGAGGGGAUGGAAGGAGGUCAACAACAGGGUGUGGUGAAGCACGUGCUGCUGGCGAAGUUCAAGGAUGACGUCAGCCCGGAGAAGGCGGAGGAGCUGAUCAGGGGCUACGCUGCCCUCGUCCCCCUCAUCGAGCCCAUGAAGGCUUUUCACUGGGGAAAGGAUGUGAGUAUACAGAACAAGCAUCAAGGUUUCACUCAUGUCUUCGAAUCAACAUUUGAAAACGUUGAAGGGAUUGCAGAGUACGUUUCACAUCCAGUGCACGUGGAAUUUUCGAGCAACUUCCUCCCUGCACUGGAGAAAGUCAUCGUCAUCGACUACAAACCUACACCUGCCUGAUAAAAAGAAGCAGAAGAGAGAAGCCAUUUCCUUUGCUACCUUUGGCUUGUGUUUCUUUAUGAGCAUAUUGUAGGAUGUAUCUGUUAUGGUGAUUUGUAAGGAAGCUUGAAUGCAAGUGUUUCUUGAUGUAUUAUUUGGAGACUCAGAGAUUCACUCUAUUUUGUGGUUGGAUCCCCUAUUGCUUUGAAUUAAUAUGAUGUUGUGUUGCUUGGA